UUUCCUUUUCUGUAAAUUGGGGAUGAAAAUGGUCAUGAUACCUCCCCUUUGGGGCUGAGGCAGGAUCCAGGGUGUGAUGCUGGUGAAAGAGCUUUCAUCAUCACGGUCGCUACCUGCAGGAACCUGGAGCGGGAGGCUCAGGAGACAGCUGGGUUCAGCUCCCAGCUGCACCCCGUACUAGCUGUGGGAUCUCAGAUGUCAUGGAACCCCCAGUACCGGAGCUCCAAGUUUCGCCACGUCUUUGGCAAACCAGCCAGCAAGGAGAACUGCUACGACUCAGUGCCCAUCACCCACAGCGUCCACGACAAUCAUUUCUGUGCCGUGAACCCCCACUUCAUUGCAGUCGUGACUGAGUGCGCAGGUGGAGGGGCCUUCCUCGUCAUCCCCUUGCACCAGACAGGAAAGUUGGACCCCCACUACCCGAAGGUCUGCGGGCAUAAGGGGAACGUCUUAGAUAUCAAGUGGAACCCUUUCGAUGAUUUUGAGAUCGCCUCCUGUUCUGAAGAUGCCAUGAUUAAGAUCUGGGACAUCCCCAAGCAGCUGCUGUCAAGGAACCUCACAACCUGCAAGAAGGAGCUCGUGGGCCAUGCUCGCAGAGUGGGCCUGGUUGAGUGGCACCCCACAGCUGCCAACAUCCUUUUCAGCUCUGGCUACGACUAUAAGGUGAUGAUCUGGAACCUGGAUACAAAGGAGGCUGUAAUCAUGAGCCCUGUGAAGACAAUUGACUGUCACCAAGAUGUGAUCCUCUCCAUGUCCUUCAACACCAAUGGCAGCCUGCUGGCCACCACCUGUAAAGACCGGAAGAUUCGGAUUCUUGAUCCCCGAGCAGGAACAGUCCUCCAGGAAGCCAGCUACAAGGGGCACCGGGCCAACAAAGUGCUGUUUCUGGGGAAUUUGAAAAAACUGCUGUCCACUGGCACAUCCCGAUGGAACAACCGGCAGAUAGCCCUGUGGGACCAGGACGACCUCUCUGUGCCUCUCACAGAGGAGGACCUGGAUGGCUCCUCGGGUGUGCUGUUUCCCUUCUAUGAUGUGGACACCAACAUGCUCUACGUGGUGGGGAAGGGAGACGGGAACAUCCGCUACUACGAGGUGAGCGCCGACAAGCCUCACCUGAGCUACCUGACCGAGUACCGCUCCUAUAACCCCCAGAAGGGGAUCGGUGUCAUGCCGAAGAGAGGUCUCGAUGUGUGCUCCUGUGAGAUCUUCCGCUUCUACAAGCUGAUUACAACGAAAAGCCUCAUCGAGCCUGUAUCCAUGAUUGUUCCCCGCCGGUCAGAAUCCUACCAAGAGGACAUCUACCCACCCACGGCAGGGGCCCAGCCCUCUCUGACAGCCCAGGAAUGGCUCCGGGGGAUGAAUAAAGGGCCGGUCCUGGUGUCCCUGAGGCCUGGCUCCGGGCUGCUGAGUCCCUGGCCUCUGACCCUGGAAAGACCCCUCUCCAACUCCAUGGCCUCUGUCUCGCCUCGGCUCUUUGACCAGACACAAAAGCUGGCUGUGGAAGAUGGCCAGAGGCCCUUCUCCCUGCUGUCAGAGAAGGUGCCAAGGUGGGCAGCAGAACACAGGCUGGAGGAGAAGAAAAGUUGGGUCACAAAUGGCUUUGACAUCUUUGAAUGCCCCCCACCAAAGACAGAGAACGAGCUGCUGCAGAUGUUCUACCGACAACAGGAGGAGAUCCGAAGGCUCCGCGAGCUGGUGGCCCAGCAGGAAGUCCUGGCCAAACAGUUGGAACUGGAGAUCAAAAACUUGCGGAUGGGCUCAGAGAGGUUCUGAGCAGAGAUCUCUGCCCUCCUUGCCCUCAGGGACACCACUCGGCUCCAUGGUGAGGUCCAGAACCAAGCCACACACAUCCCCUAGGAACAACCACAAUUUCUAUAUUUUUUACCUGAAAAUGAAAUUCUCGGUUGCUAAAAGAUUCUAGUGGGAGGGACAUGGUGCCGUUUUCUAUCUGCCUUCUCAAAACAGCCUCUGAAUUGACUCUUUUUAGACGUUACUUUGCCUUCUGUUAAAUUCUGUCCUUAAGGGUCCGUGAUGAGCUGUUAAUUUCUCAAGGGAAAGAACAUUUUAGAAAGUUAGAGUGUGAAGGGUCUGGAAGGUAAACCUGUGAUUUUCAAACUGUGGUCCAUAAAAAUGGGGGAAUGGCUAAGCAGGUGGGCUCUGUGCUCCCCUUCCAACCAGAGAGCUCCCCUUCUUUCUAUUUUACAUACUGGCUUCUAUGGAGUACAUAAUUCUGCUACUAAAAAAAAAAUUAGAAGUUUGAAACCUAGUGAUCUGGCCCAACUUCCUCAUUUUACAGGUGGGGAACUGAGGCCCAGAGAGAGACAGGUGAUGAAGGUCCCCACAGAGUUCAUGGCAGGUUUGGGCUGAGCUCCUGGCCUUCUGGGUCCAUCUUUCUGCUGUUUCUGGUCUGAUGCAGUUCUCAGCCCACAGGGCAGGAAUCUGUUGGUUCUGGCCUCAGCUGGGCCCCUGACUUGCUCAGUGACCUCUUCUUGAAAGUCUCGGUUUCCUCUCUGGUCUCAAUUUCUCCAUCUGAACCCAAGGACCCUGGAAUGUGCUGCCCUCUACAGGAUCUGCCACCUGAGACAAGGAACCUUGGCCUUGAGCUGCAGGGCCCUCCAUGUAGGGUGAUGAGCUGGGUUUGCUGCAGGAACUCACAAGACAUUGGUGAGGAGGAGAGGAAUUUAACAUCAGGGAAGUAAGCCAAGGUUCAGCCCAAUUCUAGAACAGUUAUGGGGCCAAACCAUCCUCUCCUCAAUCAGAAUCAGCUGGAUGUGGGUGGACACUAUGCCAUAAGUGGGGAUUCAAGCAUCAGAGUGGUGCCUAUGACUACUGACCACCACCACCAAAGCCCUCAGGUCACAGGCCCUGCCUCCUCCAGAAUGUUGGAGACAAAUUUCAGCCCAAGGUAACAGAAGAGGUCGCCAGCAGGUAGGGUGCCCCAGCACUGGCAGUAUGCCCGCAGAGCCCCAUGGCUGCCCACUCAAGGGCUUCUGGAAAAGGAUAACUGCCCCUGGCAGGGAAAUAGGACCAGAUGGCUCUGAAGUUCCUUUAGGGCUGAGAGCUUUCCUGGUUCCCUCCUUUGUGGAUCUGGUUCUGAGCCCUUUCUCAGUGGCCGGUAUAAUAUAACAGCCCGGCUAUCAUGUGGGGAGUGUUGGAAGCUAAGUGUGCCCCUCACCAAGGAGGUACAGAUGAUGAGUUUUGCCCAUUGCACAGGGUGAUCCUGGCACUAAGUUGGGGACUGCAGGAAGCCACCUAGCCUGGUAGGUUUCAACGCAGGCUGUAUAUGAGAAUUCCCUUGGGCACAUUUAGGAAAUACAGAUACCCAGGCCCAACCCCAGACCAAUUGAAGCUGAAUCUCCAGAGUCGGGUCUGGCCUUGGGUAUGGUGUUUUUUAACUUUCCAAGUGAUUCUGCAAUACAGGGAGGGCAGAGCCUUACCAGCCUAGUCCAUCUGUACCUACUUUCCAUAAAGAUGAGAGGAGAGUGAAUGCCUGACAGAGUCUAGGACCCUUACCUCAUCUAAGUCUAGGCUGGAAGCUCUUAAAAAAAAUCAAGAAGCAUCGUCCCAGGUCUCUCUGUGACCCCUGGCUGCAACGCGAUGAGGGCUUUGUGCCCCUGAUUGCCCUUCGCUUAGCCAUGGCUGCAUCCCCUUGUUUGCCUGCACAUGCCAGAUGCCCACAUUUCUUGUCUUGUUUACUCAGCCCCCGGGGCUCGCCAAGCUUGCCAAAGGCCAAAUCCCAGGCAUUGUCAGGGAAGCCGAGCUCCACUGGAUGGGGUCACCUCUCCCACCUCAUUUGUGGCCACCACUUUACAGUUUACAAAGUUCCCCCACCUCCCCUCCUGACCCAUCCUAUUGCAGCAUGAGUCAGGCAGGCAUUAUUAUUCCCACGUUGGAAUGGAAGAUCUAGCCUCAGAAAAUGAAGAAAGCCUCCUGCCCAAAGGCACUGGCUGCAGAGUGGUGGAGGCGGGGCUGACUCGCAUGCAGCCUCUGCCCAGAGCCAUCCCUCCUCAGACUCUCGCCACCCUCCAGGGGCCCAGACCUCCUGCUGAAAACAAGAUGAAGGCAUCCAGGAACAAACUUUUUUUGUUUUUUUACAUCUAGAAUAAAUUAUUUAAAUUAUUUCACAGCAAGGGAGAGGGAUGGGUAAUUUUUGUUAGGUAUUUUUUUAAGCCAUUUUUAAAAAUUAUGUUUUUGUUUAUGUUCUUCACUGAGCAAGUGGAUCUUGUCCAGCAUUUGCAGGGCCAGGCCCUGAACCCCAGGCAAGCAGAAUGUGCACUCAUCUCCUCACUGUGCACCCUGGGAGCCCCCUGCCUGUUGACUCAGGAACUUUCUGAGCCUGCAGACAGCACUGGGAGAUGAGCUUUGGGGUGUAUCCACCUUAGAUGUACCAUAACUGUUCUUCCUAAAACAAAACUUGACAUUGUAUCACAGAGGGAAUCAGGAAGUCAGAAAUCAAUCUAUGCUUUUAAUAUGAAACCGUGCCUGAAACAGUUUGUUUUAAUGUUUCUGAAAUUCCUUAUAUCUUUGUAAAAAAAAAAUUAAAGUGAAAAUAAAUAGAUGUGGAAUUGUGCAAUGGAAUGAAUGAACAAAAUAAAUAACAUCUGCCUAGA